UUCGAAGCAGAGAGAAGCAUUAAGUUCAAUACUAGUAGGGUUUCGUCUUUCGGAUUUACAAAUCCCUUCUAUGGCAUUGUCGUAAAUCAUGGCGGCCGGUUCCAGUGACAUUGCAACUUCUUCGUUUGGUCUUAAACUCCGUAGGUUUGGUGUUUCUCCUCUGCAUCGUUACGGCUUGGAUUUCUGCAAGAGGAGAAGCAGUUGUAGAGUUGGUCAUGGGGAUCGACUGAGUCGAAUUACAACCAUAUGUUGUUCUGACUCGGGGUCGGAUAAUAACGCUGUGGCUUGGCGGUUUCAGACAAAUAAAAGUUCUUGUAGAAUCCCAAUCCAAGAGACACCUGCAUUGCCCUUUGCCUCUCCCCGGCCUCGGGAUGCUUCAAAACUAGAAGAAUUCUAUCCUCGGUGUAGUUCAGGAGACUGUGCUCCACAUUCUCGUGAUACUCCACCCAAAAGAGAUACCGGCAUUGCUAAUGAGAAGGACUGGGGCAUCAACUUAAUAAAUAAGAACAUCAAUGAGAGUGGCACAAAUGAAGAUGGAAGUACUUGGUACCGAGAUAGUGGGGAGGAACUCGGGGAAAAUGGAUUCAGAUGCCGGUGGACUAAGAUGGGCGGUCAAAGCGAAGAUGGUUCCUCAGAAUGGAAAGAGACGUGGUGGGAGAAGAGUGACUGGAGCGGAUACAAAGAGCUAGGUGUUGAGAAAUCUGGGAAAAAUGCUGAGGGCGAUUCAUGGUGGGAAACAUGGCAGGAGGUUCUUCAUCAAGAUGACUGGAGUAAUCUGGCGAGGAUAGAGAGGAGUGCGCAGAAACAAGCAACAUCGGGCACAGAAGAUGCUGGCUGGUAUGAGAAAUGGUGGGAGAAGUACGACGCAAAAGGUUGGACAGAGAAAGGGGCACAUAAGUAUGGUAGACUCAAUGAACAGUCAUGGUGGGAGAAGUGGGGCGAGAACUAUGAUGGAAAAGGAUCCGUCCAAAAAUGGACAGAUAAAUGGGCAGAAACUGACUUGGGAACCAAAUGGGGAGACAAAUGGGAAGAGAAGUUCUUUGCUGGCAUGGGUUCGCGCCAAGGAGAGACAUGGCAUUUAUCUCCAGCUGGCAAUCGCUGGACAAGGACAUGGGGAGAAGAACACUACGGAGACGGGAAAGUACACAAAUAUGGUAGAAGCACUACGGGCGAAAGUUGGGAUAUCAUUGUGGAGGAGGAAGCCCAUUAUGAGCCUGAACCUCAUUAUGGAUGGGCGGAUGUUGUUGGUGAUGCAAGCCAAUUGUUAACAAUCAAACCACGAGAAAGGCCACCUGGGGUAUUCCCAAAUCUUGACUUUGGAUCCUCUUCAUCACCUCCACCGGAUCCUCCAGAUCCAGAUGACUCGUCAGAUAUUCCUCCCUCCUCUUCACAAUGAACAGCUGCUUCUCAUGUUCCAUUUUUUCCAGGAAAUUUAAUAUUUGUUAAACUUCAUUUUUUUUAAGGUUACAAAACCUCCUGUAAUGAACUAGUGGAACCAUUUAUUCUUUUCAUUUUCAACA